AUGCUGGACAAGACUCAGCAGUUUCAGUCUGAUGGAUUUGGUACUCGCAUCAAAGUGAAUAAUGUACCCAAGAGUGUCUCGCGAGAUACGUUGUACACCUUCUUCUCAGCGGUAGGGGAGGUCACAGAAGUUCAGCAAUUGACAGCUGGCUCUCCAGGCGAGCACCAGCAAUUUAUGAUCUCUUUCCAGAAAGCUGAGACUGCACGUAGUGUCUUGACAUCCAUGGAUGGCCUCUCGCUGGGUGGAUGCAAGAUUAAGCUGCAGCCAUCGGUGCCAAGUACCAACAACUAUUCAUCACCGCCGCACUCGUUCAAUUGGCGCCCACUCGGUGGUGGAACCCAACGUGACGAAAACGACAAAGGUCCCGGUGUUCGUUCCACAAGUAGAUCCGAAGGAAGCGUCGGAUGUUACCCUCACAAGCAAAUGUCGUCCAAUUCGUCUCAAAGUAAACCUCGUGAGAUGUCGAAGGCGGAAUCGGGGGUUGCCAGCUCCCGCAAGAACUGCAAUCUUUAUGUACUCAAUCUCAGCCUAGACAUGACCAAUGAAAGCUUGAAAGCGAUCAUCCAGGGCAGUGGUGAAGUGAAGCAUGUAUGUGUCCUUGCCACCUUGGACAACGCCGGCAGACGUCGGGCAUUUGUUGAUAUGGCCACGCCAGACGAGGCAUGUCGUGUGGUCGAAAACUUCCAUGGAAAACGCGUGGAAGGGUACGAGCUGCACAUCAGCUAUGCCUUCAUCCAACGCAGUGGCGGGCCUACGGUUCCUUUUGAUGGCAACUCGACAGCAAAAGGAGUGCGCCCUCUGCACCAUGAUGCGACCGCUAGGCCACCGACCUGCCGCAAAUCAGAAGAUCGAGAGAAGUAUUAUACUGCGAAGAAGUCUCCAACCUUCCCAGCUCCGCGGAAUGGCAAGCCCGUCAAAGUCCCGAAGACCAAUCCAAACACCCUCCUCGAACUCGAUCCAUCAUUCCACCUGGCUUCGCCCUUGGAUUCGUCCAGGUCUCCUGAAAGCGAUAGAGAGAGUGUCUUUCCUUUCACCCCAUCAUUAUCCUACGAUUCUGGAACAGAAUCUCCUGAAAUCAGUGCCUCGGUUCUUUUCGAGACAUCUCUUCCCGAACACCUAAACUUUGGCGCACCUUUGGUUUCGGAAAAGGCCCACUCCCAAUGGACUCUUUUAGUUUCCAAUGUAUCGCCAGUGGCUUGUAUCGACUCUGAUGAUCUAUUCCGAUUCUUCAUUCGACAGGGAUUGAAGAACUUAAAAUCCGCGUUCUUGAAUGUGAGCAACCAGAGUGGGAUGAGCUUAGGCCAUGGUACUUUAUCGUUCGACUGUAUGAAAGAAUACCACAAAGCAAUCGACAUGAUCAACUCCAAGGAUAUCAGUAUGGGAGGUGCCAGGAUAAAGUGCGCGAAAUUGAAUCGUUAUAGUCCUAGCACUUCAACAAACUACUCGUCCGCUUCAAGCCCAAUUGGCAUUGAAACCUCCGGUCUCAUGCAUCCUUUCAACUUCAACUCAGUGUGCCCAGCUUCGGAAUUCUGAAAUUCUGGGAUCAGAAAAUCUUGAAACUAGCUCUGAUACAUCUUCUUUGAACACCUUCUCGAACGGACUGAUCAACCUUUUUGAACGGCGGAGAUCUUUUUUUUGAGAAAAAAGAAAAUAUUUUUUUGCUGUCAAAUUUC